CCGCCCAGAGCCGGAAGCUGCCCUGGGGCAAGACGCGAGACGGGGGCUGCCGCUCAGACCACCCUGGCGGACCGCAGAUCUCCUCAUAUUUUGGAUUCUGGCAAUGUUAUAAUGAAUGACACUUUGACAUCAGAUGUCGUUGGUCGGAGAGUCGAAGUUAAUGGAGAACAUGCAACAGUGCGUUUUUCUGGCGUUGUCCCUCCUAUGGCAGGACUCUGGUUAGGAGUAGAAUGGGACAAUCCCGAGAGGGGAAAGCAUGAUGGAAGCCACGAAGGGACUGUGUAUUUUAAAUGCAGGCACCCAACAGGAGGAUCCUUCAUUCGUCCAAACAAAGUAAAUUUUGGAGUAGACUUUCUCACUGCGAUUAAGAACCGCUAUGCGUUAGAGGAUGAACCAGAGGAAGAGGGAAAAGAGCAGAUUGUUACAAUUGGAAAUAAACCUGUGGAAACCAUUGGUUUUGACUCUGUUGUAAAACAGCAAAGUCAGCUGAGCAAGUUGCAGGAAGUUUCUUUGAGGAACUGCGCAGUAAAUGGUCCUGGUGACAAAGGAGGAAUUGCCAAAGCUUGUCCUAAUCUUAGAAGCAUAGAUUUGUCAAAAAACCUGUUGUCAUCAUGGGAUGAAGUCGUAGAUAUUGCUGACCAGCUCAAGCACCUGGAAGUCCUUAAUCUCAGUGAAAACAAACUAAAAUUUCCCUCCAGUUCACCAUCUCCAACUGGAACAUUUUCUGCACUGAAGGUUUUAGUCCUUAACCGGAUAGGAAUUACAUGGACGGAGGUGCUCCGCUGUGCCUCCAGGUGUCCUGUCCUUGAGAAACUGUACCUUGAGUCCAACAGUAUCGUCAUUUCAGAAAGGCCGACUGAUGUUCUACAGACGGUCAAGUUGUUAGACCUUUCUUCUAAUCAAUUAAUUGAUGAAAACCAGCUGUUUCUAAUAGCAUAUCUGCCCAGAUUAGAACAGCUAAUCCUUUCUGACAUUGGACUUUCUUCUAUACAUUUUCCAGACGCUGGAAUUGGGUGCAAAACAUCAAUGUUUCCUUCCUUGCAAUACCUUGUACUAAAUGACAAUCGGAUAUCACAGUGGUCAUUUUUCAAUGAGCUGGAUAAGUUACAGAGUCUGCAUACGCUGUCCUGCGCCAGAAACCCCCUGACUGAAAGCAAAGACGCACAGACCACACGGCAGUUCGUCAUCGCCAGGAUCGGUCAGCUGAGGACCCUGAACAAGUGUGCGAUUCAACGAGAGGAAAGGCGUGGGGCUGAGCUUGAUUACCGAAAAGCAUUCGGAAACGAAUGGAAAAAGGCUGGUGGACAUCAAGAUCCAGACAAAAACAGACCAAACGAGGAAUUUCUUGCAGCCCAUCCUAGAUACCAGUCACUCUGCCUCAAAUAUGGUGCACCUGAAGAUGGGGAACUCAAAGUGCAACAACCAUUUUUGCUCAAAAACCAGCUACUAACACUGAAGAUAAAACAUCCUAAUCAACUUGAUCAGAAAGUCAUAGAGAAACGACUGCCAGAAUCCAUGACAAUUCAAAAGGUGAAAGGCUUGCUGUCACGUCUUCUCAAAGUUCCUGUGUCAGAACUUCUGUUGUCCUACGAAAGUCCCAAAAUGCCGGGCAGAGAGAUUGAACUAGAAAAUGAUCAACAGUCAUUACAGUUUUAUUCUGUGGAAAAUGGAGACUAUCUAUUAGUGCGAUGGUAACAGCCAACUAAUAAAAUUCAGAGUUAUACCUAAACUGAGACGACAUUCUUCUACAGAAGCUUACUAGUGCUGACUGAAAUUCAGUUACAUGAGGUAAACAUUAGGCAAUGAAAGGAAGAAAAGCAAGAUGCUUUCAAUGCCAAGGAUUUAGAACUAUCCUUCCCUAUGGCAUUAAAACCCUGAGACAUGUUUGAUUUUACUUAUAUUCACAGAAUUUUAGCACUUUAAAGAAAAUAGGAGUACUAAGCUGUGAUCUUCAGGAUUUACGUUAAAUGGCAAAAGGAAACUUGGGUGGAAUUAGUCCACUUAAUAAAUGAACUUAAAGGGCUUCCCUGGUGGCGCAGUGGUUGAGAAUCUGCCUGCCAAUGCAGGGGACACGGGUUCGAGCCCUGGUCUGGGAAGAUCCCACGUGCCGCAGAGCAACUAGGCCCGUGAGCCACAACUACUGAGCCUGUGCGUCUGGAGCCUGUGCUCUGCGACAAGAGAGGCCGCGAUAGUGAGAGGCCCGCGCACCGCGAUGAAGAGUGGCCCCCACUUGCCACAACUGGAGAAAGCCCUCGCACAGAAACGAAGACCCAACACAGCCAUAAAUAAAUAAAUAAAUAAAUGAACUUAAAAACCAAGGUCCAAAACUCAGCGUUACAUUGGUUCCUUUUCAAGUUGCCCACUUCAUUGAGAGAUCCACAAAAUCUGACAUGAUUUCAAGAAACCCCCGACUUUGGUAUCAGUGACCACUGCUCAUACGUGAUCACAGAUCACACAGCAUUUCUGUGAGUUCUUUUUGGCCCUUAAUUAUCCUUACGCUAUCCAGAGCUAUUCUGCAAUCUAGGUUGAAAUUCAAACUUGUUCUUACUACUCAAGAUUUCUGAACUAGGCCAAGUUUUAACCAAAAAUGAUAGGUAAUAAAUUACUAACAGAAAUGAUGCACUAGGACUUGGAAAUAUUUUUUUCUUUUAUUAACAAUUUGGUAUUUUUCAAAUCAUCUUCCAAUAUAUAAGUAAUUUUUUUCUUACACUACAGUAUCUGUUGAUUUUUAAAAAGGAAAUUUUGUGCAAAUGUUAAGAAAUACCACAUUGGUGACCUGUGAAAGUGCCAGCCAAGAACUAUCCUGAAAGACCAUAUAAUCUGCGGCCAAACCUUGGGCUUUCCUCAGACUUCCGCUCAGAUCAUCAUUCACCCACCCUGACCUUUAACACUGCAAACUGACCUCAUCAUCCUCUUGCUUCACACCGACAAGGAUCACCGCACAACUCCUUCAGUUUCCACAGCUGUGUUAGUUCUUGCGGAGAAUACUGAGGGGAAGACAGCAUUCCUGUUUCACAGGUCUUCUCACACAGCCACAGGCUGUCCUGUUGAAAAAUGAAACAAAAGCUGAUUUGGGAGCCCUGACACCCUGCUGGAAGACAGCUGAAAGCGUGCAUACAGGAGCUUCCAGAUCCCAGUGAGGCUGAAGUUAUUUCAAAGACAAGUGCAUGUGUGAACCCACUCAGUUUGUGGGGGACAGGAAAAGCACACACCGGUGACCCUGAGGCUGUGGAAUAAAGAAACAGUGCAGUGUGUGCAUUAAGAGGAGUUUGCAAAGGGUGUUCUAUGAAGAGAGGGUGUGGAAACCACAAAUGCAGAGUUCCGUAUUUGCUACUGGAGAAGAGGUGGCCAAAUAGCAUUAUGAACAACAGCAAGUACUGAGGGAAUGGUUACAAUAUUCAGGGGACAAUACCAAGUGCUUUAUAAAUAUUAUCCAAUUUAAUUCUCACAAUAACCCUGUGAGGUAGGAAUUAUUUCCUUUUUACAAAUGAGAAACUAAGAGUGAAGAAACUUGCUCAAGGUCACGGUGAAGUUCAUGCUGGUAGGCUGAGUAGGAAGGAUCGAAAUGGAGUCUUGUCAGACUCAGAGUUGGAGUUUUCACCCACCAGCCUACUUCCCAGCUCCGUGGACUGGCUUCUGUUUCCAGCAAAUAUAGCAGAAUACAGAUCCCAUUCAAUUUGAGAACAUAAAAAGGAGGGAUAUAAUAAAAAAUGUCUUUUUAAAGGAUGGCUGAACUGGUGGCAAAGGAGAGGAAACUGGAGAGUAGAAGGGCCUGGAGUCAGCGUGUGCCUCGUACAGGCCUCGCCUGGGGACAGGAGACUGACCACUCCUUCCUACAGAGCCCUGUGCCCCUGGGGGCCGAGAGCCUCCAGGGGUAUUAAAGGAAACAGAGGAGGCCUGUGUGUCUCCGCCCUGACCCUGGACGGGUGGGAUGGAGGGAGUCUCCCCUGAGCAUCUGGAACCAUAGCCCGCACUUGGGUGGGCCUGCAGCUGGACUCACGUUCUGUGGAGCCACCUCACUGCCAGAACCUGAAGUCAGCUGAUCCUUUUAAGUUUUAAAGCUGCAAAGAAUUUCUGAUCAAAUGUAUAAAAACUUAAUUCAUUGUGAGUAGGAGAACUUCCAUUCAAAACACUUCCUUUUGGUUUAGACUCAGAAAAAUAUUGUAUGAGAUCGAGGCAGAUUAUUGUGAAUUAGAUCAAGAGCACAGUGACGAUGCCAGAAGACCUUCCAUUCACUGUUCUGCCCAAGGUUUGACAGAGAAACCUCGCUGAACCCCUCAGAACCCCGGGGCCAGCCCCACUCAGGCUUGCUUACCUGGUAUCUUUUAGGUCCUAUAGCUGCCAUCCAAAUGCCCAUGCUUACAUCUUCACCCUGCACAGGCCCCGUGAAGUUUAAAUGUAAACAUUUAAAUGCUUUUCAUCUAUAAAGACAAUGCCACACCCA